AUGCACUUAAUCAUGGAAGCUAUAUGUAGAUAUUUCUUUCAGGCUGCUGCCAAGAUUAUGAUGAAAAAGAAAAAGGGGACAGCUAUGGCUUCAUUGAUGCAUAUGCAGAAAAUUCUAUCAAACAGAGUGCAACAUUUUCCAACUCUUGAGAAAGCUAUUGAGUGGAAUGUGAGAUCAGGCUCUUUAAGAAACAUCGAUUCUGCUCGAAUAUCGAUUCCCGGGACUGUAAACUAUCGACACAGAACACGAUUGGAGGAAACAGAACAAUAUUUCAGAGGAUGGUAUGAAGGCCUCUCGGAAAAAAUUUUGUCAUCUCCUGUCCCAAAGCUGUUGCUGUUGGCUGGAAUAGAUAGACUUGACAGGGCUCUCACGAUAGGACAAAUGCAGGGAAAGUUUCAAAUUGUGGUUGUCCGACAUACUGGCCAUGCAAUACAGGUGAGAAUUUAG